AUGUCCGCCAACCCACCAUCCACAGCGGAGCCCAAGGCGGCUGUUGACACUGCCAGUGACAGCAAUCACUUGCAAGACUUCCAAGGAGAGGUCCAGACCAAUGACCAACUUCCGUCAGUAGAAACACUGCGCAAGAUCCAAGAUUACUCUGUACUAGAUAGACAUGGCAAAUCUCAUCCGUUCAAGAGCCUUCAUUCCGGGCCGGGUGUAGCCCAACGGGUUUUAGUCAUCUUCGUCCGGCACUUUUUCUGCGGCAGCUGCCAAGAGUUCCUCCGAACGUUGUCCGCCUCCAUCACCCCGAAAGCCCUGGAGCCCCUGGCAACAAGUACAUCAGUGGUCAUCAUUGGCUGCGGGGAUCCAGGCCUGAUCGAAAUGUAUGAGAAGGAAACCAACUGCCAGUUUCCGAUCUAUACGGACCCCACCAGGCAGCUGUAUCAGGACCUCGACAUGAUGUGCUCCCUCGCCCUUGGCAGUCAACCAGCCUAUAUUAGCAAAGGUAUGGCUCGCAUUGUCGGCGAAUCAAUGAUGCAGGCUGUGAAGUAUAUACCAUCUGGCUUGGCGCACAAGAGUGGUUAUUACAAGCAGAUCGGUGGGGAGUUCCUGUUCGAACUGCUUGACAGUAACGCAGACAUGACUGGCGAGGAGGAAAAGCAAGUAACGUGGUGCCAUCGGAUGAAGACGACUCGGGAUCAUACUGAGAUACCUGAACUUAUGCAGCUGCUGGGUAUUAAUCAGGCGACUGAUCCAAAUUGA